AUGUCAGCCUAUCAUUUGUAUUUGCUCAGGGCUGGAAUGGUCUUCCUGAGCUUCUUGCAGAAACUCCUGUACCCUUACUUCUGGAGUGACCUCUGGUACUUGCUGAAGGUGGUUCGCUGUGGACUUUGGACAGAGAGGCACAGACAGCAAGGGGAGCCAGUCACUGUCCUGGGUAAAUUCCUGAUCCAGGCCAAGAAGCACCCCCAGAAACCUUUCAUCAUCUAUGAGGGAGACAUCUACACCUACGAGGAUGUGGACAGGAGAAGUAAUAAAGCUGCCCAUGUCUUCCGGAACCAUUCCCAGCUGAAAAGGGGCGAUACUGUAGCUUUGCUGAUGAGCAAUGAACCGGAUUUCAUUCACGUGUGGUUUGGUCUAGCCAAGCUGGGCUGCGUGGUGGCCUUCCUCAACUCCAACGUUCGAUCGGUCUCCCUCCUGCAUUGCAUCCGCAGUUGUGAGCCCAGGGCCCUCGUGGUGGGUGCAGAUUUUCUAGAAACUAUAGAAGACAUCCUUCCAAGCCUCCCAGAAGGUAUCAGCAUUUGGGCAAUGAAAGACUCUGUUCCACAAGGCAUAUCUUCACUCAAAGAAAAACUGAACACAGCAUCUGACUGUCAGGUGCCACGCAGCCACCAUGCCAUCUCAAACACCAAGACUCCUUAUCUUUAUAUUUUUACUUCUGGAACAACAGGUCUACCAAAAGCAGCUGUGAUUUGUCAUCUGGCAGCUACAAAGAGUUCUACUGGAUUAUGGGCUUUUGGUUGUACUUCUGAUGACAUCAUUUAUAUAACUCUUCCUCUGUAUCAUAGUGCAGCAUCUCUUCUGGGAAUUGGUGGAUGUAUUGAAUUAGGUGCCACUUGUGUGUUAAGGAAAAAAUUCUCAGCAAGCCAGUUUUGGAAUGACUGCAGGAAGUAUAAUGUGACCGUGUUCCAGUAUAUUGGAGAACUUUGUCGCUACCUUUGCAAACAACCUAAGAGGGAAGGAGAAAAGGAUCAUCAGGUACGUUUGGCAGUUGGAAAUGGAGCACGCAGUGAUGUGUGGAGAGAAUUCUUAGACAGAUUUGGAAAUAUUAAGAUCUGUGAGUUUUAUGGAGCUACUGAAGGAAACAUUAGCUUCAUGAAUCACACUGGGAAAAUUGGAUCAGUCGGGAGAGCGAAUUUCGUCCACAAACUUUUUUUCACUUUUCACUUGAUAAAGUAUGAUUUUCAGAAAGAUGAACCCAUUAGAGAUGAGCAGGGCUGGUGCAGUGAUGUGAAAAAAGGGGAACCCGGACUUCUCAUUUCUCAAGUGAGUGAAAAGAAUCCCUUCUUUGGCUAUGCUGGGAAUAAGAAGCAGACAGAGAAGAAAUUGCUUUGUGAUGUUUUUAAGAAGGGAGAUGUUUACUUUAACACAGGAGAUUUAAUGGUCCAAGACCAGGAGAAUUUCCUUUAUUUUUGGGACCGGAUUGGAGACACUUUCAGGUGGAAAGGGGAAAAUGUAGCAACCACAGAGGUUGGUGAUAUCAUUGGAAUGCUGGAUUUCAUACAGGAAGCAAAUGUCUAUGGUGUGACUGUGCCCGGUUAUGAAGGAAAAGCAGGAAUGGCUUCUAUUACUUUAAAACCAAACAAGUCUUUAGACUUGGAAAAAGUUUAUGAGCAAGUUGUUACAUUUUUACCAGCUUACGCCUGUCCACAAUUUUUAAGAAUUCAGGAAAAGAUGGAAGCAACAGGGACAUUCAAACUACAGAAGUUUCAGUUGGUGGAAGAAGGAUUUAGUCCAUUGAAAAUUUCUGAGCCACUUUACUUCAUGGAUAACUUGAAAAAAUCAUAUAUUCCUUUGACCAAAGAAAUUUAUGAUCAGAUAAUAUUAGGGAAGAUUAAACUUUAA